AUGGCAUUCAAACUCAUAAUCCUUUUGCCAUUGUUUGCAUUAUCCAUUGUCACAUCACAAACAACAAGCACUUCCAAACGUCUUGUAGCACCACAGAUAAAAAGCUACUCCAAACAUGGAGAUAUAAUCGAUUGCAUUGACAUCUACAAGCAGCCAGCGUUCAAUCACCCAGCUCUGAAAAAUCAUACUAUUCAGAUGAAAUCCAGUCAUCUUCAAUCACGGAGCGAUGGAAGCAGCACAUUGCAAGACUCCAAUUCCCCCAAGGUACGCUUACAAGUAUGGCAACAGUACGGAAGCUGUCCCAAUGGAACAAUCCCAAUACGAAGACCAUCAAACAUGAAUCAUCCAUCCAACACUAAGAUCAUAAUCAACCCUAAACACUCGUACUCAGUUGUGCUAACUGAAGGAUUCAGUUACUCAGGAGCUAAAGCAAACAUCAAAGUAUGGAACCCAUACGUGGAAUCCAUCUAUGACUGGAGUAGUUCUCAAGUUAUGCUCAGGAAUGGCCCCAUGCUUACCUUCGACACAGCACAAGCUGGAUGGGCAGUAAACCCGAGUCUUUACCGUGAUAAUAAAACGCGCUUAUUCGCAUAUUGGACGGUUGAUGGUAUGCAAAACACAGGCUGUUUCGAUCUCACUUGUCCUGGAUUCGUUCAAACGUCGCAUGAGAUCGUUCUUGGCGGGGAUAUUAGUUCACAUUAUGGAUCUGAAAUCACAAUUCAAAUCUCCAAGGAUCCAUGGACACUUAACUGGUGGUUGAAAUACAACGCUAAGGAAGUGGGGUAUUGGCCUGGUGAGAUUUUUGUGAUACUGAGACAUCAAGCAAACUUGGUUCAAUGGGGAGGUGAAGUGUAUAGCCCCAAGGUUGGAACCCAUCCCCACACAUCAACAGGCAUGGGCAGUGGGAGGUUUUCCGAUUUCAUAUUUCGUACAUCAGGGACGAUGACGGGGAUGUUGAUCGAAGAGAAUUCGCAUGAGUUAAAGCAACCAGAAACGCUUUUUGUUAGCUCUGAUGAGUGGGACUGUUAUGACGCGUAUCUCUUGAAAUCAGGUGUCCCCGAACCCGUGUUCUUUUACGGAGGUCCGGGUAGUCGUCGAAAUCGAAGGGUAGUCCAGAAAUGUGACUUCAGUAGCUUUAAUUUUGAAAAACUUCUUUCGGUUGAUGCUACUAACAUGGAUGAAGCGCACUGCAGCCCUGGUCUGCAUGCUGCGGCAGGGCCUGGUCUUGCAGAAGAAUGUGCAACACUGGGUGGCURCAGAACAGGAAUGRCGAAAGUUACCAAUGCAUAUGAUCUACCAGCAAGAAUGGUAAAAGAGAAGAAAGAAAUGAUGARAAGAAACAGAGAAUUGAAGGGUGCUAUAAGAAAGUGGUAG